CGACAUCGUUUACAGAUACUUUAGCGUUCUGCUUCCGGUUGAACUUGUGUCGCUGGUACCGCCUGCUUGCCCUAUCGUUGGUUAUUAUUCUAUAUUGUUCUUGAGGUAUCUUUAAGGACGAACCAUAGCGAGGUAGGGCUUUCAUUCUACGGACACAUCUUGCACUGACCUCGAGACCGUGCAGAUGGCACGCGAUGCGGAUUCACGACCUCUACAGGAACUUUUUGACGCAAUCGUUGACGCUGUCAGAUUUGCAUCGCCACUUAGUGAAGCAUUCAAAGACCUCGUUUCAGGCUUCUUGGUGUCACGCCGUUCCCUCCCUCGAGCUCGAUACUUUCUGUUUGAGGCUAUCUACUUUGCUACACCUGAAAGGAUCCCUGAGUACCACGACACGGGUCUCAAACCCCCCAUCAUAUCAUCUUCGGCAAGAAUGCUUGUUCUCAACAGCCAAAGGUUUGUUACAAACGGUACCUUUGACGAUUCCAUUUUAAUAUCAAUCCUGAAAAUAAUGACCAAUAUCGAAACCAUAUUCUUUGAAAUGCGUCGUGGGAAGAGUUAUCCCCGGAGUUAUUGGGCGUGUCGUCACGAUAUCGUCUGAAGAAUAUAUUUCUCAGAAAUGUCACCGUUUCCUCGAAUUCAUCAUACUAUUCCUUCCUUAGACACAGCCCCACAUGUAAUCUUGGUCAGCCUGGUCUUUAUGAAUGCCUGCUGUUGGCUAUUCCGAUUAUGAGCAUGGCG